AAAAGAAGGAGGCGAGAGGGGAAAAGGAGCCAUUGGUGGACUCAGCAUGAGAGGGAGCUGAGCUGAACUGGACACCAGCCUGCCUGGAAGACUGGGAGGAAACGGCUUGCAAGAUGACGACAGAAAGAGACUCGGAGACCACCUUCGAUGAGGAUUCCCAGCCCAACGAUGAGGUGAUGCCGUACAGUGAUGAUGAGACGGAGGAUGAAUUGGACACUCCCCCCGCUGUCGAGCCGGAGCAGAACCGCAUCAACAGGGAAGUGGAGGUGACUCGAGAGACGCUUAGAAAGGACUGCAGUUGGCAAGUUAAAGCAAAUGAUCGCGCCUUCUAUGAACAGCCACAAUUUAAGAAAACGCAGUUUCUGUGCCUUACAACAAGUAAAUAUUCAGGAAAUGCAAUUAAAACCUACAAGUAUAACCCAAUCACCUUCUUGCCAUUAAAUCUACUUGAACAGUUUAAAAGAGCUGCCAACUUCUAUUUCCUGGUUCUCCUUAUUUUACAGACAAUCCCUCAAAUAACUACCCUCUCCUGGUAUACAACCUUGAUCCCUUUGUUGCUGGUGCUGGGCAUCACCGCGAUUAAAGAUCUAGUGGAUGAUAUUGCUCGACAUCGAAUGGACAAUGAAAUUAACAACCGCACAUGUGAUGUGAUCCAGGAUGGCAGGUUCAAAAGUGCAAAAUGGAAAGAAGUUAAAGUUGGUGAUGUCAUCCGUCUGGUGAAAAAUGCCUUCGUUCCUGCAGAUAUCUUGCUGCUGUCUAGUUCAGAACCCAACAGCCUUUGUUACGUUGAGACAGCGGAACUCGAUGGUGAAACCAACUUAAAGUUCAAAAUGGCGCUGGAGGUAACAGACCAGUAUCUUCAAGAAGAAAGCUCUUUGGCUGCCUUCGAUGGCUUGGUAGAAUGUGAAGAACCCAACAACCGACUUGAUAAAUUCACCGGUACUCUGAAUUGGAAAGGAAGGAGUUACGCAGUGGAUGCCGACAAAAUCUUGUUACGUGGUUGCAAAAUCCGAAACACGGAUGCUUGCCAUGGGCUCGUCAUAUUUGCAGGAGCAGACACAAAAAUAAUGAAAAACAGUGGGAAAACACGCUUUAAAAGAACUAAAAUAGACUCCCUUAUGAAUUACAUGGUAUAUACGAUCUUUGUUUUGCUCAUCUUGGUGUCUUCUGGCCUGGCUAUUGGACACACUUACUGGGAGCAACAGAUUGGCAAUAUUUCUUGGUAUCUCUAUGAUGGAAUGGACUAUACUCCUGCCUACCGUGGUUUCCUCAAUUUUUGGGGCUACAUCAUUGUCCUUAACACCAUGGUGCCCAUUUCCCUCUAUGUGAGUGUUGAAGUGAUCCGUCUGGGCCAAAGCUAUUUCAUCAACUGGGACUUGCAAAUGUAUUAUCCAGAGAAGGAUACAACUGCCAAGGCCAGAACCACCACUCUGAACGAACAGCUGGGGCAGAUCCAUUACAUCUUCUCGGAUAAGACAGGGACACUGACGCAGAACAUCAUGACUUUCAAAAAGUGUUGUAUAAAUGGAUACACCUAUGGGGAAUGCAGGGAUAAGACAGGACGGCUCCGUAAUCGCCCAGAGCAAGUCGACUUCAGCUGGAAUAUGCACGCUGAUGGGAAGCUCACCUUUUACGACCAGUACCUGAUAGAACAGAUCAGAUCUGAGAACGAACCUGAGAUUCAACAGUUCUUCUUCCUCCUUGCAAUUUGCCACACAGUGAUGGUGGAUGCCAGUGAAGGUGACCUCAGCUAUCAAGCAGCCUCCCCCGAUGAAGGCGCGUUAGUCACUGCAGCCAGAAACUUUGGCUUUGCCUUUCUUUCUCGGACUCAGAAUACUAUUACAAUAAGUGAGUUGGGGACUGUAAGGACGUACGAUGUCCUCGCCAUUUUGGACUUCAACAGUGAUCGGAAACGGAUGUCGGUUAUUGUAAGAGACACAAAAGGUAGAAUCCGGCUCUAUUGCAAAGGGGCUGAUACGGUGAUUUAUGAACGUCUGCACCCCCGGAACCCUAGGAGGCAGACUACACAGGAGGCACUGGAUGUCUUUGCAAGCGAAACCCUGAGGACGUUGUGUCUUUGCUACAAGGACAUCAGCAACGAGGAGUAUGAGGCAUGGAAUAAAAAAUUUAUGGCUGCUAGCAUCGCAGUGAGAAACCGUGACGAAGCUCUGGACAAAGUGUAUGAAGAAAUUGAGAAAAAUCUCAUUCUUUUAGGUGCCACAGCAAUAGAAGACAAGUUGCAGGAUGGGGUUCCAGAAACAAUAUCCAAACUGGCAAAGGCAGACAUUAAAAUCUGGGUGUUGACUGGUGAUAAAAAAGAGACUGCUGAAAACAUCGGAUAUUCUUGUGAACUCUUGACAGAUGAAACUACGAUCUAUUAUGGAGAAGAUGUAAGUGCCCUUCUGCAGACAAGACUAGAAAACCAGAGGAACAGAAGUGGAUCUAAUCUAGAUUCACCUCCAAGGACCACUGAACCCUUUUUGCAGCAGGGCAGAAAUCAUGCUCUGAUUAUCACUGGUUCCUGGCUGAAUGAAAUUCUCUUGGAGAAGAAAAAGAAAAGAAAGAAACUCCUGAAACUGAAAUUUCCAAAAACCCUUGAAGAAAAACAGAAGCAGCUCCAGACGAAAAGGAAAGCAGAGGUGUACAAGGAGCAGCAGCAGCGGAACUUUGUGGAUCUGGCUUGCGAGUGCAGUGCGGUCAUCUGCUGCCGCGUGACCCCUAAGCAGAAAGCCAUGGUGGUGGAUCUGGUGAAGAGAUACAAGAAGGCCAUCACCUUAGCCAUUGGGGAUGGGGCCAAUGACGUCAAUAUGAUCAAAACUGCUCACAUUGGUAUCGGAAUCAGUGGACAAGAAGGAAUGCAAGCCGUCAUGUCCAGCGACUAUUCUUUCGGCCAGUUCAGAUACCUGCAGCGAUUGCUGCUGGUUCACGGCCGAUGGUCGUACAUCAGAAUGUGCAAGUUCCUACGGUAUUUUUUCUACAAGAACUUCGCAUUUACGCUGGUCCACUUCUGGUAUUCCUUCUUCAAUGGCUAUUCUGCACAGACAGCCUAUGAAGAUUGGUUUAUCACGCUCUACAAUGUAUUGUAUACCAGCCUUCCUGUCCUUCUCGUUGGCUUGCUUGACCAGGAUGUGAGUGACAAACUGAGCCUGCGCUUCCCGUCCUUGUACUUGUCGGGACAGAGAGACUUGCUCUUCAACUACAAGAAGUUCUUCAUAAGCCUCUUACACGGCGUCAUCACAUCGCUCAUUAUUUUCUUCAUCCCCUUCGGCGCUUACCUCCAAACCAUGGGGCAAGACGGAGAGGCACCCUCGGAUUACCAGUCGUUUGCUGUCACGACGGCCUCCGCUCUUGUCAUCACCGUCAAUUUUCAGAUGGGACUGGAUACCUCUUACUGGACGUUCGUGAAUGCUUUCUCGAUAUUUGGGAGCAUUGCACUUUACUUUGGGAUCAUGUUUGACCUGCACAGCGCUGGGAUCCAUGUCCUCUUUCCAAAUGCCUUCCAGUUUACGGGUACUGCUUCAAACGCCCUUCGGCAGCCGUAUCUCUGGUUGACAAUCAUUUUAACUGUUGCCCUUUGCUUACUUCCUGUGAUCGCAAUCCGUUUCCUGACCAUGACAAUCUGGCCUUCGGAAAGUGAUAAGAUCCAGAAGAAUCGCAAGAAGUACAAGGCGGAGGAAGAACAAUGGAAGAGGCGGCCAAGCGUCUUCCGGCGGGGAAUAUCAGGCCGGAGGUCUGCUUACGCCUUCUCACACCAGCGAGGCUAUGCCGACCUGAUCGCUUCUGGGCGGAAUAUUCGAAGGAGGCGAGCAUCAUUAACUGCAAUACUUAGUAACAAUCUGGUAGAAAUCAGACGAGUCGAAGAAGCCAGUUGAUGACUUUUUGGAUCCUACGGGAAGUGGGGUGUUUU